GGGUCCACGUGAUGAGAAAAAUUAAAUAAAUAUUGUAAAACCUUUCCAAAUAAUGAAAUGCAACUAUUUAAAAACGGCCGAAAAAGGAAAGAGAACAAGUAUUUUUAAAGGGAAGGAAUACUCCAUAAUUAUUUUUUAUUUUUAUUUUUUUUUGAAAUAGGAAUACUCCAUAAUUAAAAAAGAUUGAAAUGGAAACAGAAUAUGAAAUAGCAAAAGGAAAAAAAAAGGGAAAGGAAAAAAAUAAAGAGGGCAAAAACGUCAAAGCACACUGCAAGGGCAAAACCCUGAAAGUAGCUUAAACCCUAAAUUGUUCAUUCCUUCCAAUUUCUCGCUUUCCAACCAAACACGACCUCCUUCCCCCAAAUUGACUGAGGAACUGUAAUUUGAUUGCCCAAAAUUCAAUCUUUUUCCAGAAUUCGAAAUCCUUGGAAAACAAUUAAUUGUUAAGUAAACUCAAGAAUUACAAUGGGUCGAUUUCGUCAUAGGAAGAAGAAAGUUGUUGUAAAGCCAAAUGUGAAGAACCAACAACUGCCUACUGUUGAUCAUGUUACUGGGAAGAAGAUACCCCAAAGUUUCGUAUUCUCUAGAACUAAGCUUCCUUCGGUUUUACGACAACUCGAAAUGGAUAUGAGGAAAUUGAUGCUUCCUUACACUGCCCUUAAGCUCAAGGAAAAGAAGAGGAACAGUCUCAAGGACUUUUUGAAUGUUGCCGGACCUAUGGGUGUAACUCAUUUCCUUAUAUUAUCAAAAACCCAUUCUGGACCAUUUUUGAGAAUUGCAAAGACCCCACAGGGUCCAACUCUUACAUUUAAGAUCCAUGAAUACUCAUUGGCUAUUGAUGUUGCUCGAGCUCAGUUGCGACCUCGAUGUCCCCAUGAUCUAUUCAAAAACUCCCCUUUGCUUGUUCUGUCUGGUUUUGGCACGGGAGAGGAGCAUUUGACGCUGACAACUAGAAUGUUUCAGCACAUGUUUCCAUCUAUUGAUGUUAACACAGUCAAACUUUCUUUAUGUCAGAGAAUAGUGUUGAUUCACUAUAAUAAAGAUACUAAACGUAUAGAUUUUCGGCAUUAUUCUAUCAGAUUACAACCUGUUGGUGUGUCACGUAGACUCAGAAAAUUUGUGCAGAACCAUCAGGUCCCUGAUUUAAGAAACCUGCAGGAUGUGAGUGAUUUUGUAACAAGGGCUGGUUAUGGAUCUGAAAGUGAAGCUGAAGAUGAAGCUGCGCAUGUUAGCCUUGUGAACGAUCUUGGUAGAGUCAACCGUGCAUCUACAAAAAGUGCUGUCAAACUUCAAGAGAUUGGACCAAGGAUGACUCUUGAACUAGUCAAAAUUGAGGAUGGAAUGUGUUCUGGUCAAUUGCUUUUCAGUAGUGAUGGAAAUGUUGGUAAUAAGAGUUCUCCAGAGGAUGAAAAUGAGGAGGAAGAAGAUGAAGAUGAAGAGGAAGACAUAGACGAAGAAGAAGAUGAAGAAGGUGAUGAAGAAGAUGAAGAAGGUGAUGAAGAAGAAUAGGUUGUUGGUAACUAUCUCUGAGUUGCGAAGUAGGCUUGAAGAUUCAAACUCAACUCGAAAAGGGAAUGGCUCAUUAAUUUGGAAGGCUGGCAGUGUAAGUUUGCCAGCAGCUAAAUUUUGCAUAUUGUUGAGAGGGAUUAGGUGUUACAUAGCAUGGAGUACAACUUACAGAAUAGUUAAAAUUUUUGCGGUUACUAUCGCCUCUGUUUUUGCUGCUACUAUGUAACUGGGACUACAGGGGCAGUAAAGGUUGAAAGGUGUUUAAGUUAUGUUGUGUAAAAUUAUCUCCAGUUUUGCAUGAAUGCAAGUUCAUUUUCAUUGUGUAAAAUUAUCUCCAGUUUUGCAUGAAUGCAAGUUCAUUUUCAUU